GGCGCGCAGGGCCAGACGGGAGCCACAUCUCUGCGGUCAGAACCUAGCUAGGAUUGGCGUUAGGGGCGGCCGUGCGGGGGCUGCUGGGAAGAUGGCAGACUCAGCGGCUAGCCGAUGAGGAGGCCGCGGGGGGCCCCUGGCUCCCGGGCCCCAAGACCGACUGAGGAAGCGACCUACGCGGGGCCUGGGGAGCCAUGGUCUCCAUCACCCAACUCAAUGCUUCGAGUCCUGCUUUCUGCCCAGGCCUCCUCUGCUCGGCUGUCUGGUCUGCUGUUGAUCCCACCAGUACAGUCCUGCUGUCUGGGGCCUGGCAAGUGGGGGGACUGGCCCUCGGGAGGCAGCCCCCACGCGGGUCCUGUGCAGGGGCUGCAGCGACUUCUGGAACAGGCGAGGAGCCCUGGGGAGCUACUGCGCUGGCUGGGCCAGAAUCCCACCAAGGUGCGGGCCCACCACUACCCUGUGGCACUUCGUCGCCUGGGCCAGCUCUUGGGGUCUCGGCCAUGGCCCCCUCCUGUGGAGCAGGUCACACUGCAGGACUUGAGUCAGCUCAUCAUCCGAAACUGCCCCUCCUUUGACAUUCACACCAUCCAUGUGUGUCUGCACCUUGCAGUUUUACUUGGAUUUCCAUCAGAUGGGCCCCUGGUAUGUGCCCUGGAGCAGGAGCGAAGGUUCCGCCUCCCCCGGAAGCCAGCUCCCCCUCUGCAACCUGUCCUUCCUGGUGGGCAGAGGUUGGAAGCUGCUCUGAGCUGCCCGCAUUUCCUGCGGCAUCCCCGGCAGCAGCUGAUCCGCAGCCUGGCAGAGGCAAGGCCAGAGGAACUAACUCCUCACGUAAUGGUGCUCCUGGCCCAGCACCUUGCCCGGCACCGGCUGCGGGAGCCCCAGCUUCUGGAAGCCAUUGCUCACUUCCUGGUGGUUCAGGAAGCCCAGCUCAACAGUAAGGUGGUACAGAAGUUGGUCCUGCCCUUUGGGCGGCUGAACUACUUGCCUCUAGAACAACAGUUUAUGCCCUGUCUUGAGAGGAUCCUGGCUCGGGAAGCAGGGGUGGCACCCCUGGCCACUGUCAACAUCUUGAUGUCAUUGUGCCAGCUGCGGUGCCUGCCCUUUAGAGCCCUGCACUUUGUCUUCUCACCAGGUUUCAUCAACCACAUCAGUGGCACUCCUCAUGCUCUGAUUGUGCGUCGCUACCUCUCCCUGCUUGACACAGCUGUUGAGCUGGAGCUCCCAGGAUACCAGGGUCCCCGCCUUCCCCGGAGGCAGCAAGUGCCCAUCUUCCCCCAGCCACUCACCACUGACCGUGCCCGCUGCAAGUACAGUCACAAGGAUAUAGUAGCUGAGGGGCUACGCCAGCUGCUGGGGGAGGAGAAGUACCGCCAGGACCUGACCGUGCCUCCAGGUUACUGCACAGACUUCCUGCUGUGUGUCAGCAGUAAUGGUGCUGUGCUUCCUGUGAGGACUCAGGAUCCCUUCUUACCAUACCCACCAAGGUCCUGUCCUCAAGGCCAGGCUGCCUUGAACCCCACUACCCGAGACCCUACCCAAAGGGUGGUUCUGAUGCUGCGGGAACGCUGGCAUUUCUGCCGGGAUGGCAGGGUGCUGCUGGGCUCACGGGCUCUGAGAGAGCGGCACCUUGGCCUAAUGGGCUACCAGCUCCUGCCGCUGCCUUUUGAGGAACUGGAAUCACAGAGAGGCCUGCCCCAGCUGAAGAGCUACCUGAGGCAAAAGCUCCAGGCCUUGGGCCUCCGCUGGGGGCCUGAAGGGGGAUGAAGGGAAGUAGUGGGUUAGGAUGGCCCCCCCAUGGGGGGCAGGCAAUUUGCACUUUGGCUUCCCUCUGUUUUGGUUCUCAUUAAAGUCCUUUUCCUUCA